AUGGAUGAUAAAGAAAGUAUGAAUAACAAGAUGAACAAAGGAACAAAAGCUUCAAUGUCAAUUAACACAAAAACAUCCAAGAGGAGCUUUUCCGCCUAUGAUGCUUCUACUGAUCAUGCUGCUGUUGAAGUUAAGCACAAACAAUCAUAUGUAUCUUGGAAUAAGGAGAUGGACAGUAAUUUGGCUUUCAUAUUAACUGAACAAAUGGCUCUUGGACACAAGUGUGAUGGUGAUACUUGGAAACCCCAAGCUCUACAUGCUGUUGUAACACUGAAAAGCUGGAAGAAGCACUUCAAUGUAGUUUCUGACAUCCAAACUAAUCAAAGUGGUUUUGCUUGGGACGAGGAUAGGAAAAUGAUUGUUGUUACUUCCGAUGAAUCGAGUUCCUGGGCUGCAUAUGUGGAGUCACAUCCUGAUGCAAAAGGGAUGCAAAAUAAAAUGAUAGGAAAUUGGGAUGACAUUGUUCUCUUAUGUGGAAGAGCACGAGCAAGGACAUCAAGUUCAACAGAUUCGAACUUAGAGAAAAAAACAAAGUUUAAGAAAGAUUCACUGGCUGAAGUGGUAGGUGUUAUUGCUACUUCAUUUCAAGAGUAUCUGGCAAGGAAAAAACAAGAAGAGAAACCAAAUGGCAUUGAGAUACAUGAAGUUGUAUCGGUUAUACCGGGCCUUACUUGUGAAGAAGUGUUCAAAGCUGUCCGCAAGCUAAUGAAUAGCGAUCUAGAGGAGUUCAAAUUGUUGAAAGCCCUUCCAGAAGAAAAAAAACAAGAGUGGAUUUAUUAUCUCAUCAAUUCU